AUGCGGGUUUUGAGGACAAUAUUCAUUUUGAACAAAAUGCGACUUAGAGACGAGAUUUCAAGAGUCAUAUCAGUUGUAAAUGAUUUAUCUACAUCUAAUGAACGAGCCACUUUCUAUUCAAUCAGUGAACAUCUUCCCACCGACCUUCCUUCAGACCAUCUUCAGGAAAUUUUAGACGAAGCUGUCUCUCGAGGUUCAAUCUUGAAGAAUAACGAAGAUGGCUCUUAUCAACCGACACGUGCACUCAGACCUCACAGACAAUCUUUUCCAGCAUUAACACCUCGCUUAACUUUUCCAUCGGAGACUCAUGCUGUCAAGCGGCAUAAUUCAAAGAGGUUGACGAUGAUUUCCCUUAAUACCAAUUUUGGUCCGAUGAGCACUCAUUGCAGUUACUGUCUUGGGGAUAUUAACAAUAAUGUGAAGCAUGGAGGCACUCCUGAGGACAUGGUCAUUUGUUGGAAAUGUGGAUUGUCCGCUCACAUAUCUUGUCAGGCUCUUACUGCUGAAAUUGGUGAGCGUCUGAAGCGAAUUCGUUGGAACUGUAUGAGUUGCAAACGCUGUGCUAUUUGUUCUCAAAAUCCCUCCGGUGGUCAAAAACCAGUAUCCGCUGAUGACCAGAACUCAGAUUUACUUCUCUGCGACAACUGCGAUCGAGGCUACCACCUCGAAUGUGUUGAACCGGGACUGUCUCAACCGCCCGAGGGUGAAUGGAUCUGUCCGAUCUGCAGGGUACAUCCGGAUGGAUUUCCCCAGUCAGAUAUUGAUCCCUCACUCGAUUCUCGACUCCAGACAGCCGCUACAGUGGAUAAACUAACUCCGGAGGAAAUAUCUUUUAUUGAUAAUACUCUUAAAGGUCGAUUUCUUCCCAAGAGACCUGUUGGCAAACAUGCAUCUAAUUCUUCCAAAAACCUCAAAUCUGCACAUAAAUCAACCAUCUCUGAAGAAUUUGUUAACGCUGAAGCUCCGGCUACAAUAAAAGAUCCGCCUUCUCCAGUUGGAGUACUCAGUGAUGAGGAUCGGGUGGACUCAAUGAGGGAUAAACGUAUUACACGGCACAGUUCUCGAGUGUCGGAGCAUGCCAGAGCAACUCGGUUGUCUGUGUCACGUCGGCGCUCGACUGGUAACAGCCCAUCUCCCGAUGCCUCUCUUCUCUUAUCUCCGACUCAUAAGCGUAGUCGAUUUGGGGGUUUAGAAACCUCCCUUUCUGAAAGUGACCUUACGGAGUCCUUUGAAACAGCUGAAAACAAAGACAUAUCGAAAGGUAAUUCUAAUCACAAGUUGUUUACGCAGUAUUGGCCAAUAUUCAUAGCCUUUUCCUCCUAUUGUCUGCGUUUACAAUCGAUUAAUGCUGGAUAUAGUCCAUUUCCGGUUGAUCUGAAUUAUCCCAUCUUAGUUGUUUUGAUCCUUAUUAUACUCGUUUUCAUGGGUGGUUAUAUCUUCAGUCUUGGAAUCUAUAGUCUAAAAUAA